AUGUCGGAACACAGCAGGAAUUCAGAUCAAGAAGAACUCUUUGAUGGGGAGAUUGAUGAAGAUGAAAUCUUGGCCAACUUGUCCCCAGAAGAGCUUAAGGAACUGCAGUUGGAAAUGGAGGUGAUGGCCCCUGACCCCAGGCUUCCCGUGGGAAUGAUUCAGAAGGAUCAGACUGACAAGCCACCAACAGGGAACUUCGACCAUAAAUCUCUCGUUGAUUAUAUGUAUUGGCAAAAGGCAUCCAGACGCAUGCUGGAAGACGAACGUGUUCCUGUUACCUUUGUGUCAUCCAAGGGAAAAACUCAAGAACAGCAUGAAGAAAUAGACAAAAGUAAUAAAAAUGUGUCCCAGUAUUUAAAAGAAAAGCUUAAUAAUGAAAUCACUGCACAUAAAACAGAAUCACAGGGCAGUGAGAAUGUCCAAGAAACAAAUAAUGAAAAUAAUGAAGAUGAUGUGGAAGAUGAAGAAGAUGAUGCAGAAGAUGAAGAAGAUGAUUCAGAAGAUGAAGAAGAUGAGGGAAAAGAAGACAGUGAAGAGAGUGAUGAAAAAACAAAAAGAGAAGAGGAAGGUGAGGUAAAGGAGCAAAUCAGAAAUGGUGAGAACAACAGCCAACAGGUAACUGAUAAAGUAACUGAAGAACAGAAGGACAGACCAGAGGCCCAAGAAAAAAGUGAGAAAAAAAUAUCAAAAUUAGAUCCCAACAAGCUAGCUCUAGAUACCAGUUUUUUGAAGGUAAGUGCAAGGCCUUCUGGAAACGAAACGGACCUAGAUGGGAGCUUAAGGCGAGUGAGACAAAAUGACCCUGACAUGAAGGAACUCAACCUGAACAACAUUGAAAACAUCCCCAAAGAAAUGUUGCUGGACUUUGUCAAUGCGAUGAAGAAAAACAAACACAUCAAAACCUUCAGUUUAGCGAACGUGGGUGCGGAUGAGAACCUAGCAUUCGCCCUGGCCAACAUGUUGCGUGAAAACAGGAGCAUUACCACUCUUAACAUCGAGUCCAAUUUCAUCACAGGCAAGGGAAUCGUGGCCAUCAUGAGGUGUCUCCAGUUUAAUGAGACACUAACCGAACUUCGGUUUCACAAUCAGAGGCAUAUGUUGGGCCACCAUGCUGAAAUGGAAAUAGCCAGGCUUCUGAAGGCAAACAACACUCUCCUGAAGAUGGGCUACCAUUUUGAGCUUCCAGGUCCCAGAAUGGUGGUAACCAAUCUGCUCACCAGGAAUCAGGAUAGACAAAGGCAGAAAAGACAAGAAGAACAGAAACAGCAGCAACUCAAAGAGCAGAGAAAGUUAAUAGCCAUGUUGGAGAAUGGGUUGGGGCUGCCACCUGGGAUGUGGGAGACGCUGGGAGGACCAGUGCCCGAUUCUGGGAUGCAGGAGUUCCUCCAGCCUCCUCUUCCUCUUCCUCCUCCUCCUCGACCUCCCAGCUCCCACGCAGUCCCCUUCGGUCGACAAAAUGAAAUGAUGAAAAAGCCAUCGCACGCUCCGAAGUACAGGACGGACCCUGACAGCUUCCGCAUGGUAAAGCUAAAGAGGAUCCAGCGCAAAUCUCGGAUGCCGGAAGCCAGAGAAUCAGCCGAGAAAACCAACCUCAAAGACGUGAUCAAAACACUCAAACCGGUGCCGAGAAAUAGGCCACCCCCGCUGGUGGAAAUCACCCCCAGAGAUCAGCUCUUGAACGACAUUCGUCACAGUAACAUCGCCUAUCUUAAACCUGUGCAACUGCCAAAAGAACUGGCAUAA